GUAAGAUACAGUUACUACGACAUUCACAUCUGAGAUUGAAAGUUUUGAAAACACUUUUUUUUUUCCAAACAACCAUUUUUUGAAACGGUAACUUUUUUUUUUUUUUUUUACUUUUUCUUCAUCUAAAAAUAAAGAAAAUAUGGCUCACACUUUGAGUGCAAAAGAAGCUUUUGAACUUCACAAGUCUGCUGUUACUAGAGAUUUUAUCGCGAAACCUCGUUUAGAUUACCGUACUGUUACUGGUGUCAAUGGUCCUCUUGUUAUUUUAGAUAAUGUCAAGUUUCCCAAGUUUUCCGAAAUUGUAAACUUGACUCUUCCUGAUGGUUCCGUUCGUGCCGGUCAGGUACUUGAAGUGCAAGGAAAGAAGGCCGUUGUUCAAGUGUUUGAAGGUACUUCAGGUAUUGAUGCCAAGCAAACACAUGUUACAUUUACAGGACAAACACAACAUAUUCCUGUCUCUGAAGACAUGUUGGGCCGUAUUUUCAACGGUUCCGGUAAGCCCAUCGAUAAGGGCCCCAAGAUUUUUGCCGAAGAUUAUUUGGAUGUCAAUGGUUCACCCAUCAACCCUUAUUCUCGUAUUUAUCCCGAGGAAAUGAUUCAAACUGGUGUCUCUGCCAUUGAUACCAUGAACUCCAUUGCUCGUGGUCAAAAGAUUCCUAUUUUCUCUGCUGCUGGUCUUCCCCAUAACGAAAUUGCUGCUCAAAUCUGUCGUCAAGCCGGCCUUGUGCAAAAGAUGGCUCCUACCAAGGGCGUCCAUGAUGGUCACGAAGAGAACUUCUCCAUCGUUUUCGGUGCUAUGGGUGUUAACAUGGAAACCGCUCGUUUCUUCAAGCAAGAUUUCGAAGAAAAUGGCUCAAUGGAGCGUGUCACUCUUUUCCUUAACUUGGCUAACGAUCCUACCAUUGAACGUAUUAUUACUCCUCGUCUUGCUUUAACUACCGCCGAAUAUUACGCCUAUCAACUUGAGAAGCACGUAUUGGUCAUCUUGACCGAUAUGAGUUCAUACGCUGAUGCUUUACGUGAAGUUUCAGCCGCUCGUGAAGAAGUACCUGGUCGUCGUGGUUAUCCCGGUUACAUGUAUACCGAUUUAUCCACCAUCUAUGAACGUGCUGGUCGUGUCGAGGGUCGUAAUGGUUCUAUUACUCAGAUCCCCAUUUUGACCAUGCCCAACGAUGAUAUUACCCAUCCAAUCCCUGAUUUAACUGGUUAUAUUACCGAAGGACAAAUUUUUGUUGAUCGUCAACUUCACAAUCGUCAAAUCUAUCCUCCCAUCAAUGUUUUGCCUUCAUUAUCUCGUCUUAUGAAGUCUGCUAUUGGUGAGGGUAUGACAAGAAAGGAUCACGGUGAUGUUUCUAACCAAUUGUACGCUAAAUACGCUAUUGGUCGUGAUGCAGCUGCCAUGAAGGCAGUUGUUGGUGAGGAAGCGUUGAACCAAGAGGAUAAGUUAUCUCUUGAAUUUUUGGAAAAGUUUGAAAAGUCAUUUAUUGCUCAAGGAGCUUAUGAAUCCAGAACGAUUUACGAAUCGCUUGACCUUGCAUGGUCUCUUUUACGUAUUUUCCCCAAGGAGCUUUUGAACCGUAUUCCUCAAAAUGUCUUGGCUGAGUUCUAUCAGCGUGAUCGUAGCAAGAGAUCGAAGGGUGUCUUUGAUACCAAUGACGAUCAUGAAUAAAUUUUAAUUGAUUUAUACCUGUUUCUUAACUGAAAACAAUAAACCCGCUAUUUUAUACAUUU